UGCGCAGCUAAGUUCAGUUUGCUCGCUCGUGGCUCGAGUCCAAGAAGAAGGCAAAGAUCGUACAACAAUAGCUGGGUAAUAAUUAUUAGCGGAUUUAAGAAACGGGGUAUCAAAUGUGUGUUCUAAGAUCAUCAAAUAUAGGUGAUGAAGCCGUGUCGGCGAGUCAAAGACUGGGUGAAUGGUGUAAUCAGUUCACGACGUAACUAUCACGUGAUUUUUAAAUGACUUAUCAUUUAUCUGUGCGCUCUAUUGUUUUUAUACAGAAGAGUUCGAUGCUGCUCGUGGUGUCACCACCAAACACUCAAAAUAGCAGCGUGUCGUCCCUUUCAGACUAGUUGAGCAGCAGCAGCAGCAGUAGCGAGCACCAGGCUGUUGUUUACCGUUUCUCAGGGCUUUCGUUUUUUUUCCCAAUUUUACCGUUGACCGUUGUCCCCGACCAGUUUCUGCCCUGCAACGAUCGUUGGACGUUGCGAAACUGAAAUCCGUUAUCUGAUGGUAUUGAUAUUUAAUUCGAUGCAAUAACUACGGCUUCGCGUCUGAAAACUGUAACGAUAAUAAUCAACAUAACACCCGUGUUGUCCGUGCCACGCGUAAUGGAUUCCCUUUUCCAAAAAUCACACGCCAACCGCGUGCGCUAAGUACGUUUUAUAAACUGUACGUCGUACCUAACUUUAAAGACAUAACACCUAUAUUUAAACAAACAUAACGAAUCAGAUAAACUAUACAAUACGACUAAAUUCACACCGAUGGAGGAAGGCGCCGAAACGUGCAACGGGUCAACGACGAUGGAAGCCACAAAUUAACCUAACGGAUUCGCCGAGAGGAGAAGAGGUGUCGCAAUGAACGCGAGGACGCAGCUAUUUGAACUGAGCAUGGAGGGCCGGCAGGUGGAUGAAGCAGUUGCCGGUAUAUUCCACAGUGUACUGUUCCACAGAAGCUUAGGAAAAUUCAAGUAUAAACAAGAAGGAAGUUAUUCAGUUGGUACGGUUGGCUACCAGGACGUCGACUGUGACUUUAUAGACUUCACUUACGUAUGUUGUUCGUCAGUGUGUCUAGACCAAACUCUGAAGCGUGAAAUAUCUGGCUUUUCGGAAGCGCUCCGAUCCAACGAUGGCCCAGGCUCGGGGCAAAUAUCGUUGGAAUUUUUUCAAAAGAAAAAAAAUCGAUGGCCUUUUCCGCCAGAGUGUAUCCCAUGGGAAGUGUGGACGGUCAGAUUGGAACUGAUAAAACUUGUUACUGAACACGAGAGGCAGAUUUGCAGGGAGAAAGUCGGCGACCUACUGACCGAUAAAAUAUUGUACAUAACAGAAGUUAUGAACAGACAUGAUUACCUCCCGAAGAUGCCGAAUCAGGCAGAAUUGGACCUCAUCUUUGAUACUUCCUAUCCGGAUAUUCAACCGUACUUAUUUAAGCUCUCGUUCACUACGUCCGGGCCAUCAAGUACGACGAUGGGAAAUACCAUGAAAAAACUUAUCAAUGCGACACAGUCCAUGUAAUAGGAUCGAUAUGAAGUACAGAAUUUUUCAGAUUUAAGCUAAUUGUUUUAAGUAUGCACCGCCGGCUAGUGUUCUAGUUCUCGGUACUAGAAUUAUUUUACAACUUAGAAAUGAGUGUGUCUGAUCGAAGCAGAGAGGUAGAUGACAAGGCGGCUUGUAAGACGGCUGAUUGUGAUAAGCUGCUAUUUGUGAAAAUGUGGAAAAAUAUUGAUGGAGAGGUCAAUUUGAAGUUUAUGUAAUAUAUUGUAAAAUUAUAAUGGUAGAUUAUAUUAGAACUGAUAUAUAAUUAUUAAAAGAAGAUUUUUAAGUGCUAUCGUCGUUGAAGUUCGAUUGCUUGUUUUUUUUGUUUUUAAUUGUUUUUUUUUACAUAAUUUUUCAACAUUUUGAUUAAUGAUAAUCAUUAUUAAUAUCGCCGCAAAAAAGGGAUCUCUACAAACCCUUUUGUCUUGUCGCUAACAUCAUGAAUUAUUGCUGCUUGUAUUCACAAAUAUUCACAAAAAAGAAAAAAAAAUUAGCCCUAGAGUUUUAACAAUUUUGAUCUGGCAAAUAUAAUUUGCCAUUGCUUCCUAAAUCGGUUAACAAUUUGUAUUAAAAAUUGACGAAUUAUUAUGGAUAAAGGGCUUAUUUAAUGUGUCUGUCAGAUAUAGUUUUUUCUUUGUAAAUUCACUCGACUUUUUGCUUCGAUUAAAAAUUAAUAAGUAAACCGAAUAAGCCCUCUAGCGAUGUCUCGAAUGCGAAUGUUUGUUAUAGUAUUGUCUAUCUGAUUGCUCGUAUUGAUCAAUCGUGUGCAAUAUUUAAAAACCGGAACUAGAUUAGUGAAAAUUAAUUAUUUAUUUAGUGUCUGAUGCUACCGCUUGACAGUCUGAAAAUAGAUAAAUAUAACAUUUUUAUUGUUACUCUUUGCUACAUGUAUUACGGUCGAUCCAUAAGCAAGUGUAACGAUAUAUUAGAAAACACAAAGUUUUGGCAGCAAUUCUUUUCUUCGUUUUUAUUCAUUUACUCUUGAGAUUCACUUUAUUCAAUUAAGUGUUUCUUCUGUAAAAUGUGGAUAGAGUGUUACUUGUCAUUUCCAUAAUCAUUUUUUCGAAUUAUUUUCCUCUUAUAUUUCUAUUUUUUUUGUUUUUACCUCUAUUGGCAACAAUAUCCAUAGACAAUAGUUAGAGGUGUUCGAGGACAGAAAACGAAUUAUACAAAAAAAGAUAUACCAUAUCGAUCGUUUUUGCGUAGAAAGUUUACGCAUUGAAAUUUAAAAAAAAUAAAUCUAUUUAAUACUAUAUCUGACGAGAAGAAGAGAAAAUUACAGGGUCCUUGCCUAGAACUGUGGAUAAAAAAAAAAAUAACAAUUACUUUUUAUUCCAUUGCCCAUUACACUAUUUUUCUUUUUUUGCUCUCGCUCUCUUUCUUCCUAUCUCUCUUUUACAAUGAUCACGAGUUCUAUAUCGAACAAACAACAAAUGGAACACAAAAAUAAUUAAAUAACAAAAGGAAUUUUAACCGUCGUAUAAUAAUAAAAUAUUGAUUUCUAAAUAUGAAAGAAGAAUAAAUCAAGAUCGGCUUAUUUAUAA